CCCGCCCAUUAGUUUGCCUUUCUUGCCUUCCCGCUCCUGCGCAGCUCUGCCCGGCCUGCAGCUCCCGUUACCUCGCCGCACGAUUCACCCCCGAACACGGACAGCAUGUCGGAGUACAGCGCGGUGCCGCCACCCGGGGCCGGAGCAGCUAUAGGAUCCGGUGGGAUCAAGAAAGACGCUUUCGCGGAUGCCGUGCAACGUGCCCGUCAGAUUGCAGCCAAGAUCGGCGGAGAUGUUGCUGCUGCCCCUAUGAGCAACAACGGAGGCACAGAGAGCUACCCGUUCACACCGCAGAAACGAUCCCUAGAAGACGGAGAUCAGCCAGACAGUAAGAGGAUGGCUUCUCAGAGUGACAGAGACAACGCUACAGCACUGUCCAUCGGGGCCCAGCUGGCUGCACUGUCCCAGCAGAGUGGACGCCCUUCCUCUCUAACGGAGGAGUACAGAGUACCUGAUGGCAUGGUAGGCCUGAUCAUUGGCCGAGGAGGAGAGCAGAUCAAUAAGAUCCAGCAGGAGUCUGGGUGUAAAGUUCAGAUCGCCCCAGAUAGUGGAGGUUUACCCGAGAGGAGUGUCUCUCUGACUGGAUCUCACGACUCCAUUCAGAAGGCCAAGAUGCUAUUGGAUGAUAUCGUCUCCCGGGGGCGGGGCACCCCGCCUUCCUCUUUUCACGAGGCCAAUGGCAGUGGCCACAUGCAGGAGAUGAUGAUACCAGCAGGCAAGGCCGGCCUGGUCAUUGGCAAGGGUGGAGAGACCAUCAAACAGCUGCAGGAGCGUGCUGGUGUGAAGAUGAUUUUGAUUCAGGAUGCCUCUCAGGGACCCAACAUGGACAAGCCUCUUCGGAUCAUUGGGGAACCAUACAAAGUGCAGCAAGCACGCGAGAUGGUGCAGGAGAUUCUGAGGGAGAGGGAUCACCCUGGUUUCGGAGAAAGAAAUGAUUACGGCUCGCGUAUGGGUGGAGGAAUAGAGGUGCCCGUCCCGCGCCACUCUGUGGGUGUUGUGAUCGGCCGGAACGGAGAGAUGAUAAAAAAGAUUCAGAAUGACGCAGGAGUCAGGAUACAGUUCAAACCAGAUGACGGUAACGGUCCAGAUAAGAUUGCUCACAUCAUGGGGCCCCCAGACCGCUGCGAGCAUGCGGCCAGCAUCAUCAAUGACCUCCUACAGAGCAUCCGCGCCCGGGAAGAGGGCGGAGGGGGACCUCCUGGACCUCCUGGUACUGGUAUGCCUCCAGGUGGGCGUGGGCGGGGGCGUGGCCCGGGCAGCUGGGGCCCUCCCGGCGCUGAGAUGACCUUCUCGAUUCCUGCGCACAAAUGCGGCCUCGUGAUUGGCCGCGGUGGCGAGAAUGUCAAGUCCAUCAACCAGCAGACGGGGGCGUUCGUGGAGAUCUCUCGGCAGCCACCGCCCAAUGGGGAUCCCAACUUCAAGCUCUUCACCAUCCGGGGAACGCCCCAGCAGAUCGACCAUGCCAAGCAGCUCAUUGAGGACAAGAUCGAGGGUCCUUUGUGUCCUGUGGGCCCUGGGCCGGGCGGACCCGGGCCGGCUGGCCCAAUGGGCCCCUACAACCCCAAUCCAUAUCAGCCUGGGCCGCCCGGAGGUCCUCCCCAUGGAGGUCCUCCAGGUGUGCACCAGUACCCUCCCCAGGGCUGGGGAAACGCCUACCAGCAGUGGCAGCCUCCUGCGCCCCAUGACCCCAGUAAGGCAGCGGCGGACCACAGUGCAGCGUGGGCAGCGUACUAUGCGCAGUACUAUCAGCAGCCUGCAGGGGGUGCCAUGCCUGGCCAGACACCCAGCGGCCAGCCAGCUGCUCCUGCCCCUGCUGACCAGAGCCAAGCGGCCCAGAGUACAAACCAACCUGACUACACCAAGGCCUGGGAGGAAUACUACAAGAAAAUGGCUCAGACAGGUGGUGGCGCUGCUCCCGCAGCAGGGGGCGCUCCUGCGUCUGCGGCGGCAGCUGGGUCUGCAGCAGGACAGACUGACUACAGCGCUGCCUGGGCAGAGUACUACAGACAACAGGCUGCUUACUACGGUCAAACAGCACAGAACCCUGGGCAGCCUGCAGGCACACAGCAGGGACAGCAGGCACAGUGAUGCAGACUGGGCGGGGUCUGGGCUCACUGGCUCCUCCCACUCUCAGAUGACUUCCACGCACCCCAUCUCUUGGCCCCACCCCCCUUUUUUCCUCAUUGUCGUUUGUUUCUCGUCUCCUCUUCCAAGCGACAAAGGAAAAUGAACAAAAAGAAACUUGUAAAUGGUGAGAUUUUUUUUUUUCUUUUGGUUUUCUUUCUGGUCACCCCCAGCACUCAAAAAAUGGACUAAUCCAAGCGUUAGAUGAUUCCUUCCUGCUCGUCCUCCUGCCUCUUAAAUGUGAUUCUAAAACCAUUGCCAGGGAAACAAAAGGGAAGGCUCCCCAUCACUGGCUAACCUCCAUCCUCAAAUGGACUCGCUCUCUGUUGCUUUUUUUUUUUUUUUUUUUAUAUAAAAUAUUUCAAAGAAAGCAAAAAAGUCAAAAAUGCAGGAGCUACUGCAUUUAAAAUGCUAUCUUUUUUUUCUUUUCUUUUUUUUGCUUUUACAGUUUUAAUUUUUUGUUUUAAGAAUGUUUUUGUUUUGUUUUUCCCCUGAUAGAGGUUGGAACAUUCCCAGUGUCUCUUCAUUCAUUCUGAGCUUUUUACUGUUUCAUUGCUGCCCAAGUGUUCCCUCCUGCAGUUGGGUGUGUGGGUGUGUAAGUGCGUAUCCGAGUCCAGACUGAGUUUGUGUGUGUGUGUAUGGGAGUCUACUGAAUGAGUGAGCUGUUCUUUUUAGCACCCUGGUCUACACUGUCCUAGUGACCCACCCACCCCUGCCAUCUCAGCAAGCCCUGAUGUUGUUAUAUAUAUAUAUAUAUAUAUAUGUUGAACGCUUGGUUUCUUUUUUUUCUUUUUUCUUUUUUUUUACUUUUUAAUGAUUGUUUUUAAAAACUUCACAAUAAAAGAAGAUAUGCAGCCUGGGUGUCCUUGUUCACUUUGCUACUGAGUCAGCAGGGUGUGAAACUCUUUAGUUUACAGGAGUUUAUGAUGUGGACUACACUUCCCAUAAUGUGAUAACAGCGUUUCACUAAAACUGUCAUCAGGUGCAAUCCUGUGUACCUUUUCGGUUUUCUUUCUGUAACAUUUCAAUAAAAUGCAGAAGUGAUUAAA